CACGUCAGAUAUUAAAAAAAAAUUGGAACUUUAUUCACUGCUCACAUUUCGCAAUUCAAACACACGUAUAUAAAGGUCCCGUGGUCACAAGCACGACACACGAAAGUUGGCACACAUGGAGAGACACAGCAUCAGAGUCAGACACAACACUUCUUCUUCUUCUUCUUCUUCUUGGGUCCGAGGCGCGUGCAUCGGACGCGGCUGUUUCGGCGGUGUUAGCACUGCCGUGAGAAGAUCUGAUGGCGGAGUUUUCGCCGUGAAGUCCGUGGAUCUUGCCACGUGUCUCACUUCUCAGGCGGAGGCUCUGGAGAAUGAAAUCUCCGUCCUCUGUUCUCUCGGGCCUCACCCUUACAUCGUGGGCUUCAUCGGCGAUGACGUAUCCUUGGAGGGAACUGCAUCGUUUCGGAAUCUCCAUUUGGAGUAUCUUUCCGGAGGCGACGCGGCGUCCACCGCCGGAAAAAUCGACGAGGCUCUGCUCCGACGGUACACGUGGUGUUUGGUCUCUGCUCUUCGACACGUUCACUCGCACGGAAUUGUUCACUGCGAUGUCAAAGCGAGAAACGUCCUCCUCGGACAAGAGCGGAGCUUCGCCAAGCUCGCGGACUUCGGGUCGGCGAUUAGAUUCGGCGGUUGUGAAUCGACGGCUCUGAUCAUGCCACGUGGAAGCCCGCUCUGGAUGGCGCCGGAGGUGAUCAGGAGGGAGUACCAGGGCCCGGAGAGUGACGUGUGGUCGCUCGGUUGUACGGUCAUCGAGAUGUUCACCGGAAAUCCCCCCUGGGAAGAUCGGGGGCUCGACUCGCUGAGUCAAAUCGGGUUCUCCGAAGACUUGCCGGUUUUCCCAGCGGGUCUGUCGGAAAUUGGACGUGAUUUUCUCGACAAGUGCUUGAACAGAAACCCGAGUCAGAGGUGGAGUUGCGAUAGGCUUUUGCAGCACCCCUUCCUGUCUCUCGAGCGUUGUUCGCCUUCCACCGAGUCGUCACCACGAUGCGUACUCGACUGGGUCAACUCGGAUUUCGAAGAAGACGAUGAAGAAGAAGAGACCGGGUCGAUAUCCGAACCCGGAGCAUCCGUGAUGGCAAGGAUUUGUAAAUUGGCUACGACGGGAGGGGCAAAUGGGGAAUCUGAUGGUUGGGUAGCGGUAAGAUGCCACGCUUCCGAAGAGGAAGGAACAAGCAAGGAAUAUCCGAAUUCACCGAGGGUAAUUUCGGAAUAUAACACUUCUCCGGAUCUCGAAUAUUGGUCGGAGGGGCAAAUUCGUAAUACCACCAACCACGGAAGCGCGGCAGCUGACGGUGUGAUACCGGCGAACCCGGCAUCGGCGGCACCGCCGCCUCAAUUAUUAUUAUUAUUAUUAUUAUUAUUAUUGGUGGUAGGGAAUAUGCUGAUAUAUUCUAAAUGUUUCAUUCUUUAUAAAUAUCAUUGUGAUAAUAAUUAUAAUUAUUAUUAUAAUAAAAGUUGGAUAUUAUCUUUCAUCUCAAUUUCAAAUUUUAUUUUGAGUGCAUGUGAUUGGAUCGGGACCGAACAAUCUAAACUCUCCGUGGGGGAAGGAGGAUCCUAACUCAUGCUGUUGUUGAUAACUCUCACAUCUGCACCCACUCGAUCGCUUCUGAACAAAAUCAUUAAAUAUACAUAAAUCA